UCCUUUUAUUUUCCUCUUAUCCACCGGCGUUUGCUUCGUCGUCGCUCGAAUGAUCUCCGCUUUUCGGCGAGUCCGGCGUGUCCGCUUGCUCCCCCGCCGCUUUCGUUUCCGCGCGUGUCGGCCGGCGGCCGGCGGGCGGCGGGCACCUGAGACCGGAGUUGUAGCGCCGACGGCGGCGGUGGCAGCGGAGGAGCGGAUCCCGUGGGGCACAAGAAUGAGGAGGGGGGGCGGAGGAGGGAUGUGGUGAGGCGCCGCUCGGAGUCUUGCGGAUGGUCAGCGUGACGGCGUCCCCUGGGGACGUGUCGAGGACGAGAGGCAUCGGCGGGACACGCCUUGCAAGCGAAGCAAUGCUAUUUAUUGUGAUCAGUUAAGGGGGAGUAGUACAGAGAGAGAGAGAGAGAGAGAGAGAUAGAAGGAUUAAUUACUUGUCUGCUUUUCCGAUUGCUCUCUCCUACCCGUUUUUAUUGCUUUCCUCCGGCUCCUCGGUGUGCUCGUUGUUAUGUUAUGAAUUCCGGAGGAAUUGGAUUUCUGGUCGGUCUCCUUCUCUUUCCCUCAGGCUGUCGACCAUGGAUUCCCCUUGACACGGCUCCAGUUUUGGUUGCAGAGCGAUCGCGAUGGGAACCGCCGAGGACCGCCAUUUUUUUCCACUCACAAGUUUGCAGAUUGGGGAUUUACAGUCUUAUCUUUCACGUCUGACUCUAUUUCUGGCCACUAAAAGUAAUAAGUUCUUUAUCCUGGUUGACAACCGGCCCUGGUUGAUUGACCAGGACACACGACCUGCUUACCUAUGGCAAUUGAUGGUUACCAAGUCCAGGUUGUCUCCUUUUGCAAAUACUAGAGCUAGGAGAGAGAGAAGGGAUAUUGGGAAAAGGCUAAAUUUUACAAAUAGCUCUAUAUCCAAUCCCAUUAAGCAAAAGACACUGUACAGAUGGUUCUCUGUGAUUGAUGCUGCAGUAUAUCAGAAGAAGGCAUUGAUCCCGGUAAAGAAACUAAGAGACUCUUUUCUGCUGAAUAAGGAGUUGCAUCACACCUUGUAUGGUUUUAUUGUUUUUGAAGUGGACUGGGUUCAUGUCCGUGGUAUAAACUAUGUAAACGAACUUCAGACUGAUACAUCAAUGGCAUUGGAAGUUAAGUUAAUGAAAAGAUGGGAGUUCGAUAGCAUUGAGCAAGCUUCAAGCUGCAUUUCUUCAUGGUUUUCUGGAACCUACCAUGAGCGUUCUCUCUUGCGAGAGCAUCUCGAUAGUGUCUCUACUAGAGGGGAUGUAUUUUAUGAUGCUCAGGAAGAUACUUCAAACCCUGAUGGGGCUAGUGGGAAUGUGAGUGAUGAGGAUGACUUUGAUGAGGACAAACUUUUUUUUGAUAAUUCCGACUCUGUUCCUUCUUCCGAGGAAACUGAAGAUACUAUAAGCUCAAUUUAUACACCACUUCCAGCUUAUGGGCCUUACAAGAGAAGAAAGAUGAUGAAAUCAAAUAUGGGAAGUGAGUUUGAUAAAGUUUCUGAGGAAGCAUACAGUGAGUGUGCAAGUUCAUCUUUUGAGGCUACCACUUACAAAGAUGUUCUCAUUUUGUUCAGAUUUAAUGAUCAUGGUCUCCCAUUUAAGCUGAAGGAUAUAAUUAUGUCUGACUUGAGGCUGCUCACGUUGUUAGAAUACGGACUUCCUUCAUGGGUCAUUUUCCUGCAGUCAUACCCAGUAUUUUGCCAAAUUUAUCGUCCAUGGAUGUGCCCUCUGGCAAGAGCCUUAUAUGUCCUGAUUUCCAUUGCCACUGUCCUUAUAGGAUUUUAUGACCUGUAUAAGAAUGUUCCAGUACUAAAGGCAACUGCAUCACGCUUGUUUGGGCCCUUUUUUGACUGGAUAGAGACUUGGGAAAUGGUUUCAAGAAUUAAAUAUUUGGGAACCAUGCUUUUUCUUCAUAACUUUGAGAAAGCUGUAUCGUGGUUCCUUAUGGUUAUGCGUGCCACUAAGUCUCUAGUUUCAAUUUUGACUAAGCCAAUUGCUGGUCCCAUUAUGGAGCUUGUGGAAAUAAUUCUUCCCAUCUGGAAUAUAUGUCUUGAUACAGUUGAGUGGCUAGGUUCUAUAAUUUGGAUUGUAGUGGGAUCAUCAUGCAGCAUUAUUGUGGAGAUUCUGCAGAUUAUAGUUUGGCCUUUCUGGCUCGUCUUUAGUACUGCAUGGACUAUUGCAACUUAUGUUAUAUACCCUGCAAUUUGGGUCAUCUGGGGAACUCUGACAGCUCCUUUCCGCUUGGUUCUUGCAAUGGCAAGUUUUGUAGCUAUGCUUUUCAUCAACAUUUACUAUUUCAUCAGAGAAAGUUGGUCAUCUAUUAGUUCCAUAUUCCAAUUUGCAUCUGCAUCUGAAGCUACUGUGGAUGCUUAUGAAGCUUCUAUGUGGCGAUCCCUUUGGAAUGACCUUUUUUCUCAGAUUUUUCGAGCACUUCGAAGCAUUCUAUAUGGCUUUGUUGCCUUCUUCGCGACCUGCAAUAGACACCGCCUGAGCAUUUACAAUUAUAUAAGGGAGUUCCUUGUACGCAUAUCUCAUGCUAUUGGUAGUUCAGCACAUUCAUACUCUGGUGAAGGCAGGUUGAAACAUAAAACACAGACUCCUGUGGAAGAAUGCGAAAGCUCCAAACCAAAGCCUACCUCGCAUUCCCGAAAGAAACUCCCGAGGAGGCGAAGCAGGAGUAAAGAGUUGGUGAUUGACCAGUGAAAUAUAUUACACGGAAGGCCAUGUUUAGAGAACAGCAACACCACAUUCUUUUAUUCUUUUUCUUCCCAAGAAAUUUACAGACGCCCUUCUGUACAUAUGUUUUGAGUGGGUACGCGGUAACCGUCACAGGUUGUAUCAUGUUGUUAUUACUAAGAUAAUUCUAUACUUCUCAAUCAUCCUGCACGGAGAAGUGUGACAGAGCGACUGAGAAACUUUGUAUAUUAUUUAGUCCAGUCAAGCUGCAAGAACUGCAGUUUAAUGCUCUUUGUACUCAUCACUGAGGCGGUUUAAAUGGAAGCGACAGCACUCGGCCCCGAUAGAUGUAAAGGGAUUUAAUUAAGGAUGCUAAAUAGUACAAAUCAACAUGUGAUCCAGAUUUAUAUAUUGUUCGAUAAAAGUAAUCUUUCCAUGGCCUAUUUUGCCAUCUGUUCACAA